AUGGGCUGCUGCGGGCGGGAGAAGGACGUGAAGCACGUGCCGGACGAGAAUGAGCCGGUGAAGCCGUACGAGAACCGCAGAUGCACGGACAUCCUCUUCCUGAUCAUCUUCAUCGCGUGGUGGGUCGGCAUGUUCGUCGUGUGCGGCAUCGCCUUCCAGCGCGGCGAGGUCGAGCGGCUCCUGUACGGCGUCGACUCCUUUGGCAACACCUGCGGCACGAACGACCUGGGCGACCGCAAGAAGAUAUACUGGACCAACAACUUCGACCUGCUGACGUUCGCCAACAUCAAGACGGGCGUCAAGAUCUGCAUCAACGAGUGCCCCGAGCAGCCCGCGGCGGGCGACCAGGUCGCGGUGACGGCGACCAAGUGCGACGUGGCGGCGGGGACCUGCACGGGCAACGUGAACUUCUACUGCCCGUACCGGUCGCAGGCGCGGUUCGGCAUGGGCACGGCGUCGUCGCUGUCCGUGGUCGGGGAGCUCGAGGUGCAGUACUGGGACCAGCUCCCGAACAGCUACCCGAGCGACAACGCCGACGUGGCCGCGCUGCCCAAGGCCGCGUGGCAGACGCUGUCGAUCGUGCCCGGGAAGGGCCCGUGCUCGCCGAUCCUGUUCGACCACGUGGACCUGUACAACCGGUGCUUCCCGAAGCUGGACACGACGACGAUCCAGGACCUGCUGGAGGGCACGGCGGCGGUGUUCGACGUGUUCGCGGCGGACGAGGAGAUCUCGGACUCGCGGCUGGAGCGGUACGUGGCGGACAUCUACAAGGGCAUCAUGAUCAUCUGCGUCGCGGGCCUCGUGUGCGGCUUCCUCUUCUCCAUCUUCUGGAUGAUCGUCCUGCGGUACUUCUCGGGGCUCUUCGCGUGGUUCUCCAUCAUCGCCGUGAACGUCCUCGCGCUCAUCUGCACGCUCUACUGCUUCGCCAAGUCCGGGGACCUCGCGAAGUGGUCGGAGGGGACCAAGGUCGGGGACUACGUCGAGGAGCAGUACGGCAGCGACGGGGCCACGGAGGAGGACGAGAAGGUCUGGCGGGCGGCCGGCAUCACGCUCGCGGUGCUCUCGGGCCUCCUGCUCCUCCUCACGCUGCUCAUGAUCCGCCGCGUCAAGGUCGCGGUGGCCUGCCUGAAGGUGGCUGCGCAGGCGGUGGGCGCGGUGCCCACGGUGCUGAUCUGGCCGAUCUUCCCCUUCCUGUUCCUCGUCGGCUUCCUCAUCUACUGGAUCUUCGUCAUGGCGAUGCUGUACGCCGCGGGCGAGAUCGUCGAGGAGCGGCAGUCGUUCAGCGCGUCGACCUUCACGCUGGCGGAGAAGUACCUGGGCCCCGCCGCGGACGCCAUCAACGCGGCGGUCGGCAGCUUCGACGACGUGGUCGACCAGUACGACAACGCGCUCACGCGCGGGACGCUCGGCGCGGAGGCCGGGCAGCUGCCCUGUGCGUACGACCCCAACUGCUACUACAAGGCCGAGUGGGACGGCGACCUGCAGAAGGCGGCGCUGUACCACAUCUUCGGCUUCUUCUGGACCGUGGAGUUCGUCCUCGGCGUCGGGUCGAUGGUCCUCGCCAUGGUGUUCGUGAUGUUCUACUUCACGCGCGGCGACCGCUCCAAGCUCCCGCGGCUGCCGCUGUGGAGCAGCUUCAAGACGGUGUGCCGGUACCACCUCGGGUCGAUCGCGCUGGGGUCGUUCAUCAUCGCGGUGGUGCAGAUGAUCCGGUUCCUCGUGGACCAGCUCGACCGGCAGCUGAAGAAGAAGGGCGCGCAGACGCAGGUGACGGGCUUCAUCUUCAAGUGCGUCAAGUGCUGCCUGUGGAUCAUCGAGAAGAUCCUCAAGUUCAUCAACAAGAACGCCUACAUCGUCAUCGCCAUCACCGGCCGCGGGUUCUGCUGGUCGGCCAUCCACGCCGCCAGCCUCAUCCUGAAGAACAUCCUGCGCUUCGCCGCCGUCAACGUCAUCGGCGGGUUCCUCAUGUGGCUCGGCAAGCUCGCCGUCAUGGGCAUGUGCGCGCUCGUGGCCUUCGGGCUGUCCGACCUGGACUACUACAGCGACCCGGACAAGCACCCCGACACGGUGCUGACGUCGCCCGUGCUGCCCAUCCUGAUCUCGGCCAUCGUGGCCUUCGUGGUCGCGCAGAUCUUCUUCCAGAUCUACGACAUGGGCGUCGACACCGUCCUCAUGGCCUUCUGCGAGGACUGCGAAAAGCACGACGGGAACCCCAAGUACGCGCCGCCGCUGCUGCUCGAAGCCAUCGGCAAGCAGCAGCAGAUCAACGAGAAGGAGGGCGUCAAGAAGAACGGCGGCGGCGCCGUGGCCACCACGUGA